AUGGCGGGAUCCAAGGACAAGGGAAAGAAGCGACCGGACGGUGGUUCGGGAGGACAAUCAAGUUUUAAGAAGCCCUCGAAGCAUCCGCGCACACAGUCGUGGAGUCGAGGGACGCAAAGGUGCACUAUUUGCGGUGGUGGGGGUCACAGAGCGCAGCAGUGUAGGCAACGCCAAGGCAAGUGCUAUAACUGUGGGCAAGAAGGGCACUUGAGCCGUGAUUGUCCAGCGAGGGCCCCGCCUAUCCCAUCAGUUGCAUCGACUCCGGUGACUCCAGCACAUUAUGGAGGAGCCCCACCUACUGCGUCAUCGGCUGGACGUGCGAUGGUGCCACGUCAACCUGAGGCGACUAAAUCGGCUCCGAGCGGACGGGUGUUCGCCGCUCUGACUCAAGCCAAGGAACCUACCGAGACGGAGGAUCGACAUGUGCUCGUAGAGCUGCAAGAGAGUAAAAGCACUUGGAGAGUAUCCGGCCCCGGACGAGAUUUUCUGGUCUGUAUGGAGUGUUCGUCUUGUCCGGUACGGUUGGGUGACUGGAUAAUGCCCAUCCGUAUGUUGGUGUUCAAGAAGUUGAAAGACUUCGACGUCAUUCUGGGAAUGGAUUGGCUCUCGAAGUACUAUGCAACCAUUCACUGCAGAAGUAAAGUGAUAACGUUUCGAGAGCCGGGUCAGGAGGAAUUCACCUAUAGAGCCGGGUCAGGAGGAAUUCACCUAUCGGGCCUGUAG